AUGGCCGUCCGCGAGAAGAUCCUUCGUGGAUGGGAUGCAUCGCGAUUACCUCCUCUCCGGGCCGUCUAUCGGGCCCUCACUGCGAUCGUCAAGAAAUCGUGGGUGAUUGCCAGCCCGACGAUUAACCCUGUGCUCGGGUUUCCACGUAUCCCAGUUCAUGGGAAGCCUGCCGACGGGUUCCCAUUCGAGUUUCUGCAUUUUCCUCCAGGAGACCAGCCAGAGACGAUUGAGACCGAUGUCGUGGUGGUGGGCAGCGGCUGUGGUGGCGCCGUUGCCGCGAAGAACUUGGCCGACGCAGGACAUAAGGUGCUCGUGGUAGAGAAAUCCUAUUCAUACUCUAGCAACUUCUUUCCCAUGGCGCCCAACGAAGGGUUUGCGAGCAUGUUUGAGGGCGGAGGCGCCGUCAUCAGCGAUGAUGGGUCCAUGGCCGUCCUGGCGGGCUCAACCUGGGGAGGUGGUGGCACAGUGAACUGGUCUGCAUCGUUGCAGACGCAGGGAUAUGUCCGACAGGAGUGGGCUAAUACCGGCUUGCCCUUCUUCACCUCACUCGAAUUCCAGCGAAGCCUUGAUCGGGUCUGCGAUCGAAUGGGGGUGAACACCAAGCAUAUCCAUCACAACCGCCAGAACAAUGUCAUUCUAGAAGGCGCACGCAAACUGGGCUAUGCGGCCAACACCGUCCCGCAGAACACGGGUAAUGGCGAACACUACUGUGGUUACUGCACGAUGGGUUGUCACUCGACGGGGAAGAAGGGCCCCACUGAAACAUGGCUGGCUGAUGCCUCGAAAGCCGGGGCGACCUUUGCCGAAGGCUUCUGCGCUGACAGGGUGCUCUUCACCCAGGUCGAUGGCAAGCGAGUUGCGUCCGGGGUGGAAGGAACCUGGACCUCGCGUGAUUUGUAUUUGGGAUUGAGCGGCGAGGGUGCCGUGCGACGCAAGGUGAUCAUUAAGGCUAAGAAGGUGGUCGUAUCAUGCGGUACAUUGCAGAGCCCGCUGCUGCUGCUACGGAGCGGCCUGAAAAACGCCCAGAUUGGCCGACAUCUCCAUCUCCAUCCAGUGGUCGGAGCUGGUGCAAUUUUUGAGGAGGAGACUCGUCCGUGGGAGGGUGGUGCGUUGACGACUGUAGUGAACGAGUUUGAGGAUAUGGAUGGUCAUGGACACGGUGUGAAGAUUGAAUCGGUAUCCAUGCUGCCAGCCGUAGUGAUUCCAAUGUUCCCCUGGCGAGACGGGUUGGACUACAAGUUGUUCGCGGCGGGCAUCAACCACAGCACCAGCUUCAUCACCCUCACCAAAGACCGUGACGGUGGGCGUGUCUACCCAGACCCGGGGGAUGGACGUGUCCGUGUCGAUUACACCGUCUCCCCCUUUGACCGCAGACACAUCGUGGAGGCACUGAUCGCUUGUGCCAAAAUUGCAUACAUCUCAGGCGCCAAGGAAUUCCACACAACCUACCGUGACCUCCCGCCGUUCAUCCGCCCCCACGCCUCCGACCCAGAGGCCCCCGAGGGUACCAAUGAUGCUGCCCUGCAGAGCUGGAUUGCUGAGCUCCGACGCAAGUCGCCUUUGAACCCGGAGCGGGGCAUGUUCGCCAGCGCUCACCAGAUGGGCACCUGUCGUAUGGGCACGUCGCCCAAGUCGAGUGUCGUGGACCCGGAUUGCCAGGUCUGGGAAACCGAGGGCCUCUACGUGGUGGAUGCGUCUGUCUUCCCAAGCGCCAGUGGCGUGAACCCGAUGGUCACCAACAUGGCGAUUGCGGACUGGGCCAGCCGGAACAUCGCACGGGUUCUGGGGAAAUCGCGGACCGAAGGGAAUGUGAUGGCUCGGCUGUGA